AUGUACGAAGCAUGCAUUCGAAAAUUUCUUGGACAAGGUAUCAAAUUCGGAAGAAUUAAAAUCUUACCCAAGGCCUCUGAAAUGGACAUUCCAGGCGGUAAAAAACAACAUUUUCGACACCUUCUUUACUUCGCCUUUCGCCGAGGUCAGAAAGCCACCGAAGCUGCUCGGGAUAUUUGCGCCGUGUAUGGAGAGGAUGCUAUAACUGCGAGGACUGCUCGAAAUUGGUUUGCCAAAUUCAAAAAUGGCAAUUUCGACCUGGACGACUCUCUCCGCUCUGGUCGACCUUCUGACUUCGACGAGGAUAGUCUCAAAGCGCUUUUGAAGGAAGACGACCGUCGAUCAAGUCGGGAAUUGGCCGAGAAGAUGUACUGCGACUAA